AUUGCGCUGGAUAAAGUUUUUUUUUUAUUAUUAUUAUUUUUAAGAACAUGGCGAGUUUCGUGCUAUUUAAGGGAACCAGACGUGUAACCCUCAGAGAGGACUGCAGAAACAUUAACUGCGGUUAAACCAGUCGCUCUUCCUGAAACCAGUUAUUAACCGCACGUAAUUUUUUUUUUUUAGAUACUUUUAGACACUUCAGAAAACGGAAAACGAGCGUCCGUGAGCUCCUACACAACUAAAGCAAUGAGAAAUGGAAAACAGGACAUUGAGAAGCUAUUCCCAAGUACUCCAAGGAGAACCACCAAAAACAACCUUGUUCAGAAAAGAAAUAAGUGGUAUAACAUACAGAAUCCCAGUUCUAAUCUACAUUGAUGACAGCCAAACCUUUCUUGCUUUUGCUGAGAAAAGAACAUCACCAUGUGAUUAUGACGCCACUCUCCUGGUCAUGAGGAGGGGAACACGACAGAAUGGGUCCAUUCAGUGGUCACCUGUUCAGGAGCUUAGCACAGCUUGCUUGCCAGGACAUCGCACCAUGAACCCAUGUCCAGUCUAUGAGAAAGAAUCUAAGACUCUCUUUCUGUUCUUUUGCUGUGUGUUGGGUAAGACUACUGAGCAUUGGCAGAUUUUUACUGGUAAGAACAAGGCUCGGCUGUGUUAUGUCACUAGCAAAGACAGUGGACAAACUUGGAGCAGCUCAACAGACUUGACAAAAAUUGUGAUUGGACAUGAGAUUUGUAACUGGGCCACAUUUGCUGUUGGACCUGGGCAUGGCAUUCAGAUGAAGAGUGGCAGACUCAUCAUUCCUGCUUAUGUCUAUUAUAUUCAUUGUCGAUGUUUUCCCUUUCAUUUUCCACUAUGUGUAACAUCUCAUGCUUUUGCGUUCUAUAGUGAUGAUUGUGGGACCACGUGGUGCUUUGGAGAAAGAGUAAGUACUGAGUCUGGCGAGUGUGAGAUGGCAGAAAUUGUAGACCAGGGGUCGAGUGCGCUAUACUGUAACGCACGAAGCACUAAAAGUCACAGAGUCGAGGCUUUGAGCGAGAGCAGUGGCGCAGCUUUUGAUAGACCUCAUUUUGCACAGAAGCUAGUAGAGCCCUGUCAUGGUUGCCAAGGUAGUGUGGUGAGCUUUGUUGCACCUGAGGAAAAAGAGAACUGUUUAACACCAAAUACAAAGACUUGGCUCCUUUAUUCCCAUCCAACUGACAGAAUGAAGAGAAGGGCUCUUGGGGUGUAUUUGAAUAAAUCCCCUUUUAGUGGCUCGGGUUGGAGCAAACCAUGGAUCAUCCAUCACGGCCCCAGUGGAUACUCAGAUCUGACUCAAUACGAGGAGUCCGAUUCCUUUGCUUGCCUCAUGGAAUGUGGGAAGAAGAGUGAACUUGAAGAAAUAGCCUUUGUGGAGUUUUCUCUCUGUGAUAUCAUGAACAAUCAGUAGCUAGGUUUACAUGGUUAUUAAUAAUCUUAUGAAAAAUCAAAUACAGUCAUGUGAAAAAAUAAGUACACCUUAUGGAAAUGAUAUAUAUUUGAACAAGCAAACAUUUGAUCCUCUUUGAAACAGUGCCCAUUGAUAAAGUUGAUACACUAUCAAAUGACACAUAAAAUUGAUAUUUUGUAGUAAUUUUCACAAUUUAAAUGAACAAAAAACAGAUCAGUCACAUGGAAAAAGUAAGUACAUCCCUACAUUUAUCACACAUUCAAAACCAUAAAAUUAGAAUGAGGUGUUUAAGAUUGGGUGAUAACUAGAACCUGCGUAGGGAGUGCAGGUGGAACUGGUCUUAUUUAUACCCCUCUCAUAUCUAGUGUCUGGUGUUCCCUUUGAUAUUGAGGUGUGUGGUGUCAUCAUGCCAAGAUCUAAAGAGUUCUGUAAGGUCUUCAGAAAAAAGGUUGUUGAUGAUUGAGUAUGGCAAGGGAUUUAAAAAGAUCUCCAAAUUAUUUGAAAUACAUCAUUCCACUGUAAGGAAAAUCAUCUUCAAGUGUUGCAGAUUUCAAACAACUGCCAAUUUAUCCAGGACUGACUGUUCCAGCAAAUUCAGCCGAAGAGCAGUCCGUCUGAUGCCAAAAGAAGUCUCCAGGAACCCCAGAAUUUCAACACAGGAUCUGCUAGUAAGGCUGGCAACUGUUGGUGUCAAAGUGCAAGCUUGUACAAUCAGAAAGAGAUUGCUCAAAUUUGAUCUGCAUGGGAGAAGUGCCAGGAAAAAGCCUUUGCAAGACUACAGUGUGACAAUGAGCAUAUAAGCAAAGACCAGGUCUUUUGGAAUAAAACGGGCAGUACAUGCAAGAAAACCCUCAAACAUCUUGGAACUGAAAGAAUAUUGCAAGAAUAUUGCAGCAAGCCUGGUGGACAAUUAUGCAAAGCACAUACAAGAAGUUCUGCUAAAGGGGGCAAUACUAGCUUCUGAGGCCACGGUUGUACUUACUUUUUCCACAGAAGAAUAUCACAUUGAUAUUUCUGUUGAAUAAAUGAUCAAUAAAGUGAAUUUUCCUUGU